CAGGCUCCGGUCGAGAACCAGAGAAUUCGCUGUGCGAAGGCGCCCCCGAAACCCCGCCCCCAGUGCAAGGAAUUCCACCAUCCGCGCUGGAUUCUGCAGUCCCGCGCUGUCCUGGCUUAACCUGAGAGUAACCCGCGGGGCGCCCCUGUCUGCCGGUCGGAGAGCCAGAGAGCAGAUCCACGGCCCACCAGGGCCAGAGGGGCAGGGGAAGCCCAGAGGGGAGGAGGCCGUGCUGGAGCUUCCGAGGCCGAGGGAACGGCUGGAGGGGGAGCGGGGGAAGGCAGAGGAGCGGGAGACUUCCCAGCAGUUUGGAUAAGAUUUUCCUUGGGCCACGGCGUGGGUUCCCCGGAACUCAUCCCUCGCAGUCUGACGUGCUCCGAGCUUCCGGUCUCCAUCUGGGCGCGAAGUGUAGCGCCUUUCCUGCUCGGGAAAACUAAGCGCGCACAGCUUCUUAGUUUUAGCUUCUUCUCCGCCUAAAGCUACGGAGCGGGCAGACGGGACUUUCGUCUGGACGUAAUUCCCACCGCCCAGAGACAAGGCUGUCCCAUCUCUCUCAUUCGGGUCGUCUCGGAUCCUUGCUACUCUAGGAUCUUAAAUACUCAGCCUCAUGUUGCCGGGGGAACGUCAUUGCGCUGCCCAACCCCGUAGAUCCCCGCCCUCUUUCGCUUGCAGCAGCCUAUAGGAACAAAGGCAUUCAAUCGGUAGGCGGGACGUCUCCUAAAUGGUCCAAUGGCAGUCGAGACUCUUGGAGCCCUUUGCCAGUCACGCGGCGGCGUAGGCGGGGUCUCCUGCCCGGACUUGAAGCCGCUGGGACCGACGCGCUGCAAGUUGUAAAUCCAUGCGGUGGGGGCUGUGGACCCUGGCUGCCCGGGCGGCCCGUGGGCCUUGCAGCCUCUGCACGCGCCAGAGCAGCGCUGCCCAGGCCCUGGGCUCCGGGGCCACCAUCUUCGCGCUCAGCUCAGGCCAAGGCCGCUGCGGCAUCGCCGUGAUCCGAACCAGCGGCCCUUCCAGCAGCCACGCCCUCCGGAGCCUCACGGCGCCCCGAGACCUGCCCCCGGCCCGCAGCGCCCGUCUGCGUCUGCUCAGCGACCCCCGCUCCGGGGAGCCGCUGGACCGCGCGCUCGUGCUCUGGUUCCCAGGUCCCCACAGUUUCACGGGUGAGGACUGCGUGGAGUUGCACGUGCAUGGAGGGCCGGCCGUGGUCAGCGGCGUCCUGCAGGCUCUGGGCAGCGUUCCAGGGCUACGUCCAGCCGAGGCCGGAGAGUUCACCAGGCGGGCUUUCGCCCAUGGGAAGCUAAACCUGACCGAGGUGGAGGGGCUGGCGGAUCUGAUCCAUGCGGAAACUGAGGCACAGCGGCGGCAGGCCCUACGGCAGCUGGACGGGGAGCUGGGCCAACUCUGCUGCGACUGGGCCGAGACCCUCACCAAAGCUCUGGCCCACGUGGAAGCCUAUAUCGACUUCGGGGAGGAUGACAACCUGGAAGAGGGUGUCCUGGAGCAAGGUGGGUCUGCCGGAGGGUGGAAGGUGCAGACAGGUGGCAUUUUGGCUCCCAAAGUCUCUUCUGACUCCCUCCCCUCUGCCUGCCUUCCUCCACACACAGCGGACAGCAAAGUGCGGGCGCUGGAGGUGGCACUGGACACACAUCUGCGAGAUGCCAGACGUGGGCAGAGGCUCCGCUCAGGGGCGCACGUAGUGGUCACUGGACCUCCGAAUGCGGGCAAGAGCAGCCUGGUGAACCUGCUCAGCAGGAAACCUGUGUCCAUCGUGUCCCCAGAGCCAGGGACCACUCGUGACGUGCUGGAAACACCUGUGGACCUGGCCGGGUUCCCUGCACUGCUGAGUGACACCGCAGGGUUGAGGGAUGGUGUGGGACCCGUGGAGCAGGAGGGCGUGCGGCGUGCUCGUGAGAGGUUAGAGCAAGCCGACCUCAUUGUAGCCGUGCUGGACGCCUCUGAUCUGGCCUCUCCCUCCAGCCGCAAUUUCCUGGACACUGUUGUAGUCCCCCGAGGAGGCCAGAGCUCCGGUGGUAGCACGCAGCGCCUCCUGCUGGUGCUGAACAAGUCCGACUUGCUGCCCCCCCAGGGCCCUGGCCCCUGUCCUGCCCUGCCACCCCACCUACUGCUGUCCUGCCUGACUGGAGAGGGGCUGGACGGCCUUCUGGAAACCCUGAAGACAGAGCUGGCUGCAGUGUGUGGGGACCCCUCCACAGGCCCGCCUCUCCUGACCAGGGCAAGGCACAGGCAUCACCUGCAGGGCUGCCUGGACGCCCUCAGUCACUACAAGGGGGCAGAAGACCUGGCCCUGGCAGCCGAGGCUCUGCGUGUGGCCCGCAGGCACCUGGCCCACCUUGCAGGCGGAGGGGGCACUGAGGAGAUCCUGGAUGUCAUCUUCCGGGACUUCUGUGUGGGCAAGUGAGCCACCUGCAGUCAGCUCAGGUCGGUGAGGUUCUCACACCGUGGAGGGACUGGACCCCAUGAGGAAGCCAGGCGGCUGUCUUCAGGCCCUGAACUCCUGGCGGGCACUUGCUGGGCACUGGGAGCCACACAUGGAGGCCCCGGCCUGUACCAGUGCUGGAGGUGUGGUGGAGCAGGGACAGACAGGAGGACCUCAGGUUGUUUGCUGCAUGUUUUUGUUUCUGAAGUGCUGGAGGUGAACUUUGCCCAGCUAGGCCUCGCAGUCACUCUGCACUGAGCUAUGUCCCCAGCCCUGUAGUUUUUUUUUGCAAGUACUAAAGGUGUGUGAAAAAUUCAGGGGAUGAGGAGUGUUUCCAGUGAGGGUCUCCUUACCUCCUCUCCCUGGGUCCCAGCUUUACGCAGACAUUUCCAGAACUUCCUCUGCGUGUUUGCACACUUGCGGCUGCUCUGUCAACCAAACGUGUGUUUUAUUUCUCUGUUCCUUCAGGGGGGUGGCUUGGUGCUGGGGAUCACACCCAGGGCUUUGUGCUGGGCACUUGCUCUGCUUUGCCACAGGACUACACCCCAGCCCUGAAAACACGUGUUUGGCAUAUAAAUUCCGCUGUUUAUUGAUGUGCAAAUUGU